AUCAGAGACAUUGAGAGGCAGAAUCGGAAAAAAGAAAACAUUCGUCUUUUGGAAGAACAGAUUAUUUUGACUGAGCAACUUGAAGCAGAAAGAGAGAAGAUGUUAUUGGCAAAAGGAUCUCAAAAAACAUGACUUGAAUACGAAAUAUCAGUGGGACAGACAACGCUGAGUGUGUGUGUGUGUGUUGAUGGAGAAUAGCUUAGUGAUAUCUUGACCUUUUUUUUUUUGUCACUGUCCUUUAAAACUUGAUCAAAUAAAGGACAGUGGAUCAUAUAUUCUAAAUUACUGCUUUAUAAAUCCCUUGUGUCUGAGUAAAGGUGUGGGCAGGCACUCUUCUGAAGAGUUUCUGUGUGAUCCUGGUAGAAGCCCCUUUAAGUUCAGUGUCCAGAGCUUAGGAUUGUUACUGAAAAAUAGUUCUGAACUUGUGAGAAGGAAGGGAUGGAUAGUAACAUCCACUUGAGUAGUUUGAUAAGUCGGCACGAUGAUGAAGCCACAAGAACGUCUACCUCGGAAGGGCUGGAGGAGGGAGAAGUGGAAGGGGAGACCCUCCUGAUUGUUGAAUCAGAGGAUCAGGCAUCAGUGGACUUAUCUCAUGACCAGAGUGGGGAUUCCCUCAACAGCGAUGAAGGAGAUGUGUCCUGGGUGGAGGAGCAGCUGUCUUACUUCUGUGACAAGUGCCAAAAAUGGAUACCGGCCAGUCAGCUGAGGGAACAGCUCAGUUACCUUAAGGGUGAUAAUUUUUUUAGGUUUACUUGUUCUGAUUGCUCAGCAGAUGGCAAGGAGCAGUAUGAAAGGCUGAAGCUGACAUGGCAGCAAGUUGUCAUGUUGGCAAUGUACAACUUGUCUCUGGAAGGAAGUGGACGUCAAGGUUAUUUCAGGUGGAAAGAAGAUAUCUGUGCUUUUAUUGAGAAACAUUGGACUUUUUUACUAGGGAGUAGGAAAAAGACUUCAACUUGGUGGAGCACAGUAGCAGGCUGCCUCAGCGUGGGAAGUCCCAUGUACUUCCGUUCUGGUGCUCAGGAAUUUGGAGAACCAGGAUGGUGGAAACUUGUUCAUAACAAGCCUCCAACAAUGAAACCUGAAGGAGAGAAGUUGUCUGCCUCUACUUUGAAAGUAAAAGCAGCCUCAAAACCAGCUCUAGAUCCAAUCAUUACUGUUGAGGGACUUAGAAAACGGGCAAGUCGGAAUCCUGUGGAAUCUGCCAUGGAAUUAAAAGAGAAAAGAUCUCGAACUCAGGAAGCUAAAGACAUUAGAAGAGCCCAGAAGGAAGCAGCUGGCUUUCUUGACAGGAGCACGUGUUCUACCCCUGUAAAAUUUAUAAGCCGUGGCCGCCGGCCGGAUGUGAUUCUUGAAAAAGGAGAAGUGAUUGACUUUUCAUCAUUGAGCUCCUCUGACCGAACCCCACUGACAAGCCCAUCUCCUUCUCCAUCUCUGGAUUUCUCUGCCCCUGGGACGCCGGCCUCUCAUUCUGCCACGCCUAGCUUGCUUUCAGAAGCAGAUCUGAUUCCAGAUGUGAUGCCCCCACAAGCUUUGUUUCAUGAUGAUGAUGAGAUGGAAGGCGACGGAGUCAUAGACCCAGGGAUGGAGUAUGUCCCACCCCCAGCUGGGGCAGCAGCUUCUGGGUCAGUGGUUGGGGGCAGAAAGAAGGUCAGAGGACCUGAACAGAUAAAGCAGGAGGUAGAGAGUGAGGAGGAAAAGCCCGACAGGAUGGACAUGGACAGCGAAGACACAGAUUCAAACACAUCUUUGCAAACAAGGGCUCGAGAAAAGAGGAAGCCUCAACUAGAGAAGGACACGAAACCUAAAGGGCCCAAGUAUACUCCUGUGAGCAUCUAUGAGGAAAAGCUGCUUCUCAAGAGGCUGGAAGCUUGUCCCAGUGCUGUUGCCAUGACACCAGAAGCUCGGAGACUGAAGCGGAAACUGAUUGUCAGACAAGCGAAAAGGGAUAGGGGAUUACCACUUUUUGACUUGGAUCAAGUUGUUAAUGCUGCUCUUCUGUUAGUUGAUGGGAUUUAUGGAGCCAAAGAAGGAGGAGUUUCUAGGCUUCCAGCUGGACAAGCCACGUACCGAACUACCUGCCAGGACUUCAGAAUCCUUGACCGAUACCAGACUGCCUUGCCAUCCAGGAAAGGAUUUCGGCACCAGACCACCAAGUUUUUGUAUCGUUUGGUGGGAUCAGAAGAUAUGGCUGUGGACCAAAGUAUUGUCAGCCCUUACACUUCUCGGAUCUUGAAACCUUAUAUCAGGCGUGAUUAUGAAACAAAGCCACCCAAACUACAGCUCCUGUCACAGAUUCGCUCCCACCUGCACAGAAGUGACCCUCACUGGACACCUGAGCCUGACGCGCCUCUUGAUUACUGCUAUGUCCGGCCAAAUCACAUCCCGACGAUCAACUCUAUGUGUCAGGAGUUCUUCUGGCCUGGCAUUGACCUGUCUGAGUGCCUGCAGUACCCAGACUUCAGUGUUGUUGUCCUUUAUAAAAAAGUCAUCAUUGCCUUUGGCUUCAUGGUUCCCGAUGUGAAAUACAAUGAAGCUUACAUUUCAUUUCUGUUUGUCCAUCCUGAAUGGAGAAGAGCUGGAAUUGCAACUUUCAUGAUCUAUCAUCUGAUUCAGACCUGCAUGGGCAAGGAUGUAACCCUUCACGUCUCGGCAAGCAACCCCGCCAUGCUGCUAUACCAGAAGUUUGGAUUCAAGACUGAAGAAUAUGUUUUAGAUUUUUAUGAUAAAUAUUACCCGUUGGAGAGUACAGAGUGUAAACAUGCAUUCUUUCUGAGGCUCAGGCGCUGAUGUGAAUAUAGCCCUUAACAGAGAAACACAUAUGCUAUUAGAGAAUGGUUCUUCACCCAACCUAAAGGCAGUGAUUCAUUUCAUGGUGGCUUCUAAUGUUCUCUGCGAUUAUAGUCCUUCAGACCUCUCAACUAAGGUGAGCAAAGUGGUGGGCGGUGAAAUGAGCAGUGAGCAGCCCUUCAGCAAAAUCACUCUCUAGUCCUUUCUGGGGAGGCCUCCAGCCAACAUCCUGGACUCUGCAGUUGACUCAGACUGAAUGAUGCUGCUCUCCCCUUCCACCUGGCAAUCUGUAAGAGUGAAAGAGCAUCUCAGUUGAUAGUCUUGGUGAGAGACAAUCUGUCCUACCUUAAAGGAUGAGGUGUGAUAGCUAUUAAAAGAUUCAUGCAGAGGUGGGAGGAUAGCUACAGCUCAGGGGUUCAACACCAGCC